AUGGAGCUGGCUCUAGCAAAUGCUACUAACACGAUAUCGACCAUAGAGAACAUGCUCAGUAGCAAAGAGUUUGAUCCUUUUGCUAUUGAUUGCUUAAAAGAUUGCUUGGAACUUUAUGCAGAUGCUAUUGCCAUGCUGGUGGAUGCUUUUACCGCGUACUUGUCUGAGCAUUUUGAUAUAGCUACUGUACUAAUGAGGACAGUUAUGGACGCGGCAUCAACGUGUGAUGAAGGGUUCACUGAGAAGAAAGGAGGGUUGACACUACUAGCAAAGGAGAAUUACAAUCUCUUUCAAUUGAGUGACAUCUCUUCAUGCAUCAUCAAACAAAUUUCAUCUGUUCCUUCUUAAGAUGUAGCAGCCAAUUGUAUACUGCAUGAAGCAUCAAAAAGUUGCUAAAUUGUUGUAGAAAUACUGAUCAGCAAGUCUUGUUAUCCACGUCUCCUUUUCCUCUCCCCCUAACAUGGAUACUUGCACAUCAAAGUUAAAAGCAUAAAUAUUAAAGGUCAAUUAACAAGAGAACUGGGAAGAACACAAGAUAAAUGGUCACAAAAGGAGCACUAUGUAAUCAAGUGUUAAGAUCCAGAUAGUUGUGGGUGAGAUUGUCACUCCAAAGGCCCUCCGCGAACUGUUUCUGGAAACCCAGAAACCCAUCUCCAUCCCCUUAGCCCUCGCGUUUCAAUGUGUUGGCUCCAUAAAUUUCAGUCUGGAUUGUUCAGAAGAAAAAGUUCUUAGCUGCUUUCUUAGAAAUUACUUGCAGUCAAGGAAUGUGACUACCAGUACUUGCAACCCACAGCUGAUUGUCAUGAUUUAUCAAGAUAUGAACUGGUGGAGCCCUUGAUAAAGCAAGGAGCACGAGGUAUAAAUUAUACUGCUGAAUGAAACAUACAGUUAUGGGAAAGACAGUUCAAGAUUUUGUUAGCAAGAAAAUUUAGUCAAUGACAGGAGUAAAUGUAACUGGAGUAUAACCCUCACUUUUUUAACCAAAGAUACACUUGCUAGUCCCUUAAGACAAACAUACACAGAGCAAUUCAAAAUGUUCCAUCAGAAACACUGCGGCAUAAUGUAAAGCAGAGUUCUCUGACAUGCUCUUAAAGAUAAAUUUUUCGAAUGAACAUCAAUGAACUCCCUAAACA